CACGUCCCUCCACUGUAAUUUUUCACCCUGCUUGUGUGAGUUUGCGUGUCGUGCCGUCAGUGGGGGGUGCUCUCGCUAUCAUGCUAACAGAAAUACCUGCAGUCCCUCGGCGCUGAUUUAAAGACAUGCGUCUUGUGAAAAGUCGUGGGGGAGAGUGAGACGUAUAGAAGGUGACAACGACGGCCCCGGUGGGGGGGUGUAUGCUUGUUACCGAUGGAGGCGAGGAACAACCCAGAACAUAAACCAGACACGUGAUUGAUGCAUUCCCGUCUCCUCCUCUUCCUUCCCCUCCUGCUCCUUACACCAGCUCACACUCUGGGUUUGCUGAUCCUUGAGGUCAUAUUUUUAAUACGAGCCCGAGCACUCUGAGCCCCCUCGUCAGCCUCUCGCUUGCCAUGUAUCGUGGCGGAGAGUCUAGUAGCCGUCCUCGGGAGAGCUGUUCUACAUACGGCGGACAAGGAGCACAGCUUCGCUCAAAAGCCUGCUGAGACUCCACACCAUUUAUCUCUCAGCUGCAAGGUUGGGCCAGGACUAAUUGACUGAGUUGUGCGUGUGUGUAUGUGUGUGUGAUUUCGGGUUCCUUGAAGCGUUAGCAGAGCCUGAGAUGAUAGGAGGUGGUCGAGGGAGAGGGAGGCCAACCUUGUGCUGUGAGCCCAUCAGAGGGGACUUGGUUAAAAAGUGCGUUAUUGGCUCCGGCUUUCUAAAACCGAGCCACUUAAUCUGUGCUCGGGGACGAGCUCAAACCGCGCAGCUUUUAAAAGGAAAGCCUGGUUAAUUAUAUAGUAGACUGUUAUGACGCUACAUCACGGUUGCUUGAUCGAGCCGGUUGAUUUGCAGCUGAGGGCAUUAGUAACCGGUCCACAUGGCUACGACUAACACCAGGUCCAAGUUGAACCAGGCUGGCCAUCGGUUCACUGUGAUUUAUGACCAGUACUUGCAUCAUUUGCCUUCCUUUUUUUUAAGGCUAAAUUAAUACAGGUUUCCAGACUUUAGCAAUUAGCUUGUUAACUGCAGCGUUGUUAUUGUAAGUCGCACUCGCGGCCAAAACUACCAAAAUUAGACAAAGUAAAAUAGGCUUUUAAGUGUUCCUGGUGUGUUGUAGCACAGCCCUCGUGCUCCUUCUCUGUGUUCCUCUCACCACUCUGCUCUGGACUUUAUCUGCACAUUGUUUGACUUGGCCUCCUCCCAAUAUAAGCCCAAGUACAGCACGGAGUUGGCCGUCUCACCAUCCGCAGGGAGACGGGCUGUGUGUGUGUGUCUGUGUGAGUGUGUUUUAGUGGGCACGUUGUGAAGGGAGUGGAAGCACCUCACUCUUCUGGACCAGGAAGCUCUGAAUCAUGCUGACUCUUCCUGGAAGGACCCAGAGGGAGCCGGGCUGAGCCGGCUGGACCCAGGCAGGCAGUCUAAGCCGGCGCCUGGCCUCUCGCUGACACCGAGCUGGUUCUGCGCGGCCACGCCUCCCCUCGGCCCGGCAGGUUGGCACGCCGCGGGCGCUCUUCCUGUGCUGGGAAGUGUUCUCGGCUUUGGCUGCGGCUGUGGCGAGCGCUGAUAACCUCAGCCCGUGGAACUUUGAGAAGCAGGAUUUUAUUGAUCGGAUGCAAAUAGCACAAGGUGGGCUAGAGUAGCUCGGAUUCCACCCGCUGCCCUGUUUGCACUGUAAAUCUCAAGACUCAAUUUCCCUCUCUAGUUCAACAGUUUUGCAGUGUGAAGGCAUUCACGUUGGCAUGCUUACUAUUCUAUAUAUAAUUGUGUCAAGCUGUCACCUGCCUACGCCGUGACAGGCCCCGUUUAGCUCGCGGAAAUCUCACUCUCCCUUUCCUGAGGUGCCGAGGAUCUGGGCAUGUAAGUUGAUAUUAAUUAUAGAGCCGGGCUGGUGCUGCAGGGUGUCCACACCUUCCUGUUUUCGCCUUCUUUGUUUUAGCCCCGCGCCGACAGAGUUACCACUGGAGGAACUCCAGGAUCUGAAAGGGAAAAAUGGCCUCUAUUGUUCAAACUGGGCUCUGGUGGAAAGAAAGGGGACUUUUAUUGAAGAAGAAGAAGAAAAUAACAAGGUGGUAAUAAAUGACUCCAGUACCGGUUGUAUUAACAACUUUGUCAUUCACAUUUGCACCAGCUUGUUGGAGGAGAAGUAAAAAGGCGUCCAGGCUUUGAGGGGGUUCUCAUUCCGGGUUCCCUGCGCUCGCUAGGAGUCGGCUUUAGGAGGGAUGGAUGUCGCCAUGCGUUUCCUGCUGUCAGAUAACUUUAACAUAACCGUCGUCAGCUUCAGCGUCAGCGUCGUCAGGGAAAUUAAGUCAGGAGAAGUGUAUGUGCCGAGGCGGUAUGCCCCGGGGAGUAGUGCUGACGGUGCACUAGGAGUGUGAAGUGUAUCAGAGUUUGUGGCUGAGGAGGAGAGGAGACCCCCCGCCGAGCCGAGCCGAGCCGUGCGAGCCGUGGUUGCGUUCGACACCAUGUCCCUGACUGACAAACACAAAGUCAAGAGGCAGCGGCUGGACCGGAUCUGCGAAGCUGCACACUUCUUGUCUCUCCAAAAAGCAAGCGGGCUGUCGUCUCUCCCUUCUGUCUGCCCCAUCUGUGAUGCAGUAUGGCCCGUACUGCUGGCUUGAUAAUGACAGGCAGGCGGCGUGCGGGGCCGCGCACGAAGCAAAGAGGAAGCGAAGCAACCUGCUAAAAUGGACGACAAAACUCUAAUCAGUCGCCUCACCAAGUCUACCAGAUGUCUCGCCCUGCGCGUAAAAGGUAUUCGGCCCCAGAUCAUGAACGGGCCAAUGCACCCGCGUCCCCUGGUGGCGCUGCUGGACGGGCGUGACUGCACCGUGGAGAUGCCCAUCCUGAAGGACUUGGCGACAGUGGCCUUCUGCGACGCCCAGUCCACGCAGGAGAUCCACGAAAAGGUGCUCAACGAGGCUGUGGGAGCCAUGAUGUACCACACCAUCACCCUGACCAGGGAGGACCUGGAAAAGUUCAAAGCUCUCCGCAUCAUCAUCCGCAUCGGCAGCGGCUACGACAACAUAGACAUCAAGGCAGCCGGAGAGCUGGGAAUCGCAGUCUGCAACAUCCCCUCGGCCGCCGUGGAGGAGACGGCCGACUCCACGCUGUGCCACAUCCUCAACCUGUACCGGCGGAACACCUGGCUCUACCAGGCUCUCCGUGAGGGCACGCGGGUCCAGAGCGUGGAGCAGAUCCGCGAGGUCGCGUCCGGCGCCGCCCGCAUCCGCGGCGAAACCCUCGGCCUCAUCGGCUUCGGGCGUUCGGGCCAGGCGGUGGCGGUGCGGGCCAAGGUGUUCGGCUUCAACGUCAUCUUCUACGACCCCUACCUGCAGGACGGCCUGGAGCGCUCGCUGGGCGUCCAGCGGGUCUACACGCUGCAGGACCUGCUCUACCAGAGCGACUGCGUCUCCCUGCACUGCAACCUGAACGAACACAACCACCACCUCAUCAACGACUUCACCAUCAAACAGAUGCGCCAGGGCGCGUUCCUGGUCAAUACCGCACGAGGAGGCCUGGUGGAUGAGAAGGCCUUGGCCCAGGCGCUGAAGGAGGGCAGGAUACGCGGAGCUGCCCUGGACGUCCAUGAGACAGAGCCCUUCACCUUCGCUCAGGGCCCGCUGAAAGACGCCCCCAACCUGAUCUGCACGCCGCACACGGCCUGGUACAGUGAGCAGGCGUCCUUGGAGAUGAGGGAGGCCGCCGCCACAGAGAUUCGAAGAGCCAUCACCGGCCGCAUCCCCGACAGCCUAAGAAACUGCGUCAACAAGGAGUUUUUCGUCACCACGGCACCGUGGGCAGUUAUGGACCAGCCAGGUGUUCACCCCGAGCUCAACGGCGCCGCCUACAGAUACCCGCCAGGUGUGGUGGGAGUGGCUCCGGGCGGCAUCCCGGGGGCGUUAGAGGGAAUGGUGCCGGGUGGGGUGCCCAUCGCCCACACCCUGCCCUCCGGUACACACCCCUCCCAGGCCCCGUCGCCCAACCAGCCCUCGAAACACGGCGAGACCAGAGAGCACCUCACCGAGCAAUAGCAGCAGAAGGGACACAGACGGUAACACCUCAACACUCAGAACCGACCUGAAACCACAAAGCAACCGAUCAACUGGGACCAAGAGACAGUGAAACAAACACCACGGGCGGCUGUCUGGCAAAGCAGUCAGCAACUGGGAACAGAAGAGUUCCAGGGAAUUUGUACUUUCGGCGUUUUAGUUUUUAUUGUCUCUUUGGGUUCAGUACCAACUUUACUCUUUGAUGAUUCUUUUUUUGGUUUGUGUUUCUCUGGGACAUGCCUAUGAUUGUGGACACAGAGUCCAGUGAUUUUAGUGCUCCAGGAUUCCCCACUGAGACUCUAACCCGCUUCCCCGGCCCAGCAGAGCUCAUGGGAACUGUAGGCCCACAAGUCAACACAAUGGGAGAACAAGGAAAUAAAAAAAGAAAAACUCUGGCAUCUUGUGCUACUGGACCUUAUCCCGCCCUGAACCACCACCCAUCCUCAUCUCCAGCGCUCCUUACUAAUGUGUGUUGUUUAGACUCCUCCUUAAGCCUCACAAGAGAAUUAUUUUUCUUUCAAAUCUUCAGUGUGAAUGACUAAAAGUGAAUUACCUAUAUAUAUUUAUCAUUUGUCAAACAAAGGAAAAUUUUGCUCUUCAGUUAUCCUAUAGUGGGUUUUAACCCUUUCCUACAAAUAAUGCACACGACAGCUGCAGUUGCAGGUUUCCACCACUUGAGGGCACUUCUACACAGCGUGAGAGGUUCCUUCUCCACCUGUGAGCAUCAAGAUCUCAACUCGCUCCAAAGCAUUAACACUACACACUGUAGUCAGAGUUUGACAGGACAUCGAUUUCAUUUCGCUUUUUGUUUAACGUCGGUGGUGAUGUGUCACGUGACGAGGACGCAGCGUUCAAUAAGCAGAAGCACGUCGUGUGGCUGAAUCCCAUUUUAUCAGUGCACUGACUGAGACAGCCUGCCUUCUUCUUUGAGCACAUUUCACCGUCCGUAAAGAGGAAAGGGUUAAAGCAAACGUAAUUUCUUAAUGACUCAGGAAAACACUUUUUUGCAGAUUAUUCUUUAUUCCCAGAAUUUUGUCUUUGAGGAAAAAAAGGUAAGAUCAAUCUAGUUAGUCUGGAUAUUUUAUCUCCUCCCUCAUCCUCUUCCAUUGUGGUAUUUUUAUAUACAAGGCAUCCCAUGUUUUUGGUGUUGAACAGUUUUGAGAGUCCUGUUAGAUUUGUAUUGCCUAGUUAAAUGUUCCUAUAACCAUAGUCCUAUGUGAUCCACCCGCUAUCUUCAACCCUUCUUCAAUUUUAUUUGUUCUAUUGAAGGCCAGGUUCUUUGGGGCAUCUUGUACUCUGUAAGAGCAAUAGCAGAAACUCCUUAGUGUCCCGACAAUAGCAGAAGAGGCAGCCAGCAGUAUGUUUUUGUUUUUAGUGUGAGUAUUUGUAUUUGUUUCUUGUAUAAGGUGAACAUUUAGCAUUCAGUGCAGUUCAAAUAAAAAGAUUUGAUUCUGAGAAGGA